CUUUACCCGCUCCCUUUAGCCGGGUCAGGUGAACGAAGCCUUUCUGGCCUGGCUCCCUCCAUCCGAUCCCCACAUCCUCCUUGGCCUGCGAAUUUGCCUCGCUCAGCACCAUGACCUGCAGCAACCCGGGUCAUGAGCGUCUCAGGCUCGGCACAUCGUCCCUCGGACCCGGCGAGCGUCUCUCUUCCGGUCCAGAAAGACGGCCUUGGCCCCCCUUUGCCCGCCGCGAGAACCCCGUCCUGGCCUCCUUCCCCGGACGAGGAUCCCGGUUUGCCCCCCUUUCCUCUGGAACAGCCUGGCCCCAGGCCCAUGGCCGCGGGGAACCUUCCCUCUCCAGCCUUGUCGCUAGAGGAAGAAGAGGAUGAGGACGAAGAAGACGCGGAGGAGCCCGAGGGGCUGCGCAGCGAGGAGCAUCCGAGUCAGUUUUUCGCGGAGGCACAGCGGCUGCGAGAGCAGAGGCUGUUGCUGGACGAAGAGGUGUCAGUCGGUGGGCGAGUGUACGGGGUGCAUCGGGUGAUCUUGGCCGCAGUUAGCAGCCUCUUCCAAGACAGGCUGCUGGGCAGCGGAGAUCCGCUAUCCCCCUUCAGCCUCGACGUGGCCCCCGGGGCCUGGGAGGCCGUGCUGACCUUUGCCUAUGAGGGGGUGCUGGGCCCCGCCCCGCUGGGGGAUGUGCUGGUCGCCGCCGAGGUCCUGGGAGCGCCCCGGGUGAAAGCUGCGGCCCAGUGGAGACACGAGGGGGCUGGAAGCGCCCGGGAAGAUGAAAAGCAGCCCAGUCAGGCAGAGGAGCUGAGGGAGAACCUGCGCAGCAUCGAGCUCCUAUACCAAGAGGGCGUCGGGUGUGACCUGGAGCUGGAGGCAGGCGGCUGCCGGCUGCGGGUGCACCGAGCAGCCCUGGCCUGUGGCAGCGAGUUCUUUGGCGCCAUGCUCCUGAGCGGGAUGAGGGAAUCUCAGGGCACAGAGGUGUCUCUGCACACCAUCUCUGCCCAAGACCUGCGACUGCUUGUCUCUUUUGCCUACUCUGGGGUUGUGCGGGCAAGGUGGCCAGGACUGCUGAGAGCUGCCCAGGCUGCUCUGCAGUACCAGAGCUCUUCCUGCUUGGCCCUGUGCCAGAAAGCCUUGGCACGGGGCCUCAGCCCAGCCCGUUGCCUGGCUCUGUUCCCCAUGGCAGAAGCCCCUGGGUUUGAAAGGCUGUGGAGGAAAGCCCAUCACUACCUCCUCACCCACAUGCCCGCUGUGGCUUUGUGCCCCACUUUCCCUUCUUUACCGGCUGCCUUCCUGGCUGAGCUGCUGGACAGCGACGAGCUACACGUGCAGGAGGAGUUUGAGGCUUUUGUGGCUGCACGGUGUUGGCUAGCUGCCAACCCUGAGACCCAGGAGUCAGAAGCCAAGGCCCUGCUUCGAUGUGUCCGCUUUGGCCGUAUGUCCACCAGGGAGCUGCGGAGGGUCAGGGCAGCCGGGCUGCCUCCAUCCCUGCCCCCAGACUUGCUGCAUCAGCUGAUGGUGGAGGCUGAAGUUCCAGGUCAAGAGAGGCGGAGGGAGCCUGACCAGGCACUGGUAGUGAUCGGUGGGGAUGGACUCAGAUCAGACAUGGCCAUGAGACAGCCAUCCCGAGGAGUGUGGUGGGCCCGGGCCUUCUGCUGCGGCGUGGGACUGGUUCGAACUGUGGAGUGGGGGCGGCUGCCUGCCCUGCCUGCCCCAGGGCGCUUCCGGCAUGGGGCUGCAAGCCUGGCAGGAAGUGAACUCUACGUGUGUGGGGGACAGGAUUUCUACAGCCACGCCAACACCCUGGCUACAACUCUCAGGUGGGACCCCAGUCAAGGGGACUGGGAGGAGAAGGCACCUUUGUGCCAGGCUCGGAGCUUGUUUCCCCUGGUCGUGCUGGAUGGACUACUUUAUGCCCUCGGUGGACGAGACAAUGGUGUUGCCCUGAACUCUGUGGAGACCUAUAACCCUAAGCUCAAUGUCUGGAGGCCGGCACCUGUGCUUCCUGCACCAUGCUUUGCCCAUGCAGCUGCAGUUUUGGAGGGCCGAUUGUACGUGAGCGGUGGCUGCAGCGGGACUGGCCAAUACCUGGGCUCAUUGCUGCACUAUGACCCCAAACUUGAGAAGCCGGGGACACUUCUGAGCCCCAUGGGGGUACCUCGGGCUGGCCAUGUCAUGGCUGCUCUGGGUGGGCGGCUGUAUGUAGCAGGUGGGCUAGGUGAGACUGGGGACCUGCUGAGCUUCGAGGCCUAUGAACUAAGGACUGAUAGCUGGACUCACCUGGCACCCCUACCCUCCCCCCAUGUGGGGGCUGCAGGUGCUGUGCUGCAGGGGGAGCUACUGGUGCUGGGGGGCUACAGCCACCGUACUUAUGCCCCCUCCCACCUUAUCCAUGCUUAUUGUCCUGGCCUGGGCCGAUGGCUCUGCCUGGGAACUCUGCCAAGGCCUCGGGCUGAGAUGCCUGCCUGCAUCCUGACACUGCCCACUGUGCAGCACAUAGCCUUGGUUCCGACGGGCCACGAAAAAAAACCUGCUGGGUGAGUGGGGAGUGGCAGAGGAUGGGGGGAGGAAAUGUUGAGAAACAUCAUGAGAGAAGGACAGAGAUUAUGGGGAGAAAAAGAGAAGGCUUUAUUCAUGAUAGUAUUUUAUUCUAGCACAGUGCUUUCCAACUCGUAAACUGCUUUUGUAUAUAUGAUCUUCACUGAGAAAAAGGUGGCUCCAGAAUUCCCGGGGAAAGGGCACUGGGGGAGAGGAUGCAGCUGAAUACUUAGGUAAAGAGAGGAGCCCCAGGAGCAACUCCAUGAGAUUUACGGGCCCUGACAUGACUCUUGGUGGGGAAAGUGCAUCCAGCUGGAAAGACAGUCAAGAAGCUCCAGUAACCAAGGUGUAGGGGCCAUGAGAAGACAGUCAGAAAAAUGAUUCUGACCCAUGGAUCAAGGAGGAAAAGGUGGAAACGCCAUCCACAAAAGAGUUUGAGGAACGUAGGGGGAAGGACUGCACUUGCUGAGCCCUUCACUUUUCCAGGACUCACUUCUUGCUGUUCUCCAAUCCCUGGGACACCUAAACCCUCUGGACAGUAUUCUUUCUCACGUGACUCGUGGGCCCAGUCUAGCACUUCCUCAGCCCAGACACUGCAGGCUGUCCCUAAGAGCCUCUUGGUUUUCAAUCUGAGGCAGAAGUUCCCAUCUGGACAUGGCACAGCAUAGGGACCUGAGAUGCCAGGCUGACGAGGUGGAAGCACUGCACAUGGGGAAGAUGAGGAGGGCAGAGGCAAAGGACGAAGGCGCCCAUGGUAGGAAAGGGAUGAUACGAGGUUUGUGGGAACAGAGUGGAAGAAGUCAGAAGCCUGACUGGCUUCUUUCCUUCUCUUUGGGGUGAAUUGAGGGAUCAGGAGUGAAAACAGGACAGUUGUGGUGGGAAGUCCUAAGUUGCGGGAAGAAGCGGUGGAGAGAAGAGUGAGAGGCAGAGAAGACCCAGAAAAUCUGUUUUCUCCCUUUCUUCCAGAGUAUGGUGAAUCCAUUUCCCUUUUUCUUGGCCAGGGAAGGUUGAAUCAGAUGCCUCCUCCAUCCUGCUCUUCCUUUCUCCAUCCUGCUCUUCCUUUUUUUUUUUUUUUCUUCUUUCUUUUCUCUUCUCCUUUUUCCCCUAACAGUUUUAGUUACCUACUAUUCAGGGACUAUAUGAGGCACUAGGGGUACAAAGGUCAGAGAGCUCCUGAUCAGCAGACAGACUUGUAAACAAAUACAAGUCUUACCGUGGGCUUAGAGGUAUGGACACUUACCUCACACCCGUCAUACAUCAGACUUAGAGGUAUGAGAGCCCAGAGGAUCGAGGAGUGAACUCUGCCUAGGGAAAGCUUCUGUUAGGGAAGGCAUCAUCAAUUAGGGCCAUUUGAACUGGAUUUUGAAGGCUGCCUGGAAACUCACUUGUUAGAGCAGAAGGAAGGCAUUCCAGUCAGAGAAAAGAAGCAAGUGGGGCAUGUAGUGCCCUGUAUCUCCAUAGCAAGGAGGAAGUCAGUAUUCCAGAGGUUCUUCAGCGAAUUCUGCUCCUGUUGUCAGCCUACUGUCUUCUCUGGGGCCUUUCUGAAGACAAUGGCUUUCACUUAACAAUUGUUUGUUCCCUCCCUCCACAAGUCCCCUAAAUCUUUCCUAUCUGGUAGUUUCAUUUCUGACCCCUGAGCAGCUCAGGGCAAAGAAGGGCCAGUUCUUUAUUUUCGUUUUUUAAGGAUUUUUUCACUUUUCCUUCUUCUCCCCAAAGCCCCCCAGUAC